UAAAUCACAAUAAAAUAUUUACAGGUACUUGCCGAGACACCAGAGAAACCUAAUACCGGUUUUCGAUUUCCGGCCGGAAUGUAUCUUGGGUAUCCAGAGUCACCGGAAACCGUAAAUACUGUCGGCCCCGUAUCAGUCGGUGGCCUCUCUUAUGCGUAUGAAUUGAGAUACAAAUUUAACUUCUGGCAGCCGAAGUUUUCCGAGAAUCUUUCUUCAAUAUUUAUAGCAGAAUCAUUUGGCAACGGAAAGAAUACAGAAGUGUCUCAUAGUGAAUCCGUUUACAUAUUAAGUUGGAUAUAUGAAGAGAACGCUGGCUGCCCAGAGCCCGUCAUUCCGAAUGGAUUUGCCAAUACGUCAUAUAACGGAACGUCACCGGGAUCGCACGCAUAG